CUGACUACAUUUCUAACGUUAAAUUAUACUUUGGAUCUCCUCAUGAAGGUUUUGUCUUCCGCAUCUUUCUUCGCUUUUUAUACAAUAAAGUAUUAUGCGUUCUAUUUUAACAUCAAAAGUGUGAAGGAAUUAAUGAUGCAGCUUCAGUGUGUACACAAUAAAUUAAAGGAUAAAAAUGAAAUUACUAUCAUAAAAAAAUAUGACUGCCUUGCGCAACGUUUUACGACUAUAAUUACGACACUUGGAAUUUGCGGAAUAUGUAGUAGCAUUACAAUGCAACUUUGGAUGAAUAUUGAUGUUAAUACAUCAACGAACGUGUCUCGAUCAUUCAAUUUUCUAAUUACAACAGAAUACUUCAUUGAUCAAAACAAAUAUUUUUAUUUGAUUUUUUUGCAUAUCAACGCAGCCAUUUGCGUUGGUACUAUUUCAAUAGUAGCAGUUGGCACAAUAAACAUUGCGUAUGUCCAGCAUAUCUGUGGAAUGUUUAGAAUUGCUAGCUACCGUAUCGAGUACGCAAUAAAUAUAAGAAUUUUACACCAUGUUUCGCUGAGAGAUAAGAUCUGGAUGGCCAAGGGCGUAAUUUAUGCCGUAAAUAUUCACCGGCAAGCUAUGAUAUUGGCCAAGCAUUUCAUAUCCACAUUCCAGAAAAUGUUUGCUUGUUUAAUAGUGUGUGGCGUAGCUUCUUGUAGCCUUAAUUUGUUUCAAUUAUCAUCAUUUCAAAAUGACGUCCAAAAAUUUUUAUUCUCAUUUACAAUUUCGUUUAUGAUUAUCAUAUAUAUGUUUUUAACCAAUCUUAUGGGACAAAAGAUUAUUGACCACAAUAAUCAUGUACUCAUUACUGCGUACAACGUUAAAUGGUAUAAAACUCCUGUACAUAUCCAAAGAAUGAUACUAUUUUUGUUGCAAAUAGGAGCCAAAGAAUUUACUUUAAAUAUCGGUGGAUUAAUUCAUGGAUCUAUGGAGGGUUUCGCUAUGUUAAUGAAAGCCACGAUAUCUUACUUUACUGUGAUACAUUCUAUACGAUAAAUAUGAAGAUAAUAACAGCAUGGUGAGAACAUAAUUAGUAAAGAGAUUGUAUGUACGCUUAGAAACUAGAAAGUGUCCUUUUAGAAAGUUGUUCUUUUUUAAUAUAUUACAUACUAGAUAUUUCGUUGUUGCAAAAAAGAAUUAAAGUUUGUCAAAUCAAAGUAUUAGUAUUUUAGGUUUUUAUAAUUAAAUGAUUGAAAUAGAACAUUUUUAUAAAUUGUA